UUUAAUAGUCUUUUUAUUUUCCGGAGCCAAUAGAUUACAGAACCAUGAAUGAUGAGAUAAAUUCUGCUUCCAAGAGCUGAUGCAGACUUUCAAGAACCCACUCCCAAGAUAAAAUAGGUGGGAUUCCCACAGAAGGGAAGCUGUAAGAAGCAGUUUGCAAAAUAAACAUGUUAAACACUGGAGCUGAUGGGGUUAUGCUGAUCCAUAGGAAUAGCUGAGGGUUCGAUGGGGAAUUAUUGAUUUUAAAGUCAAGAAAACACUGAUUUAUAUUGUCUAUAUUUCCUUCACAGCACUAUUUAUGAUCCUGCUUUAAUUACACACGAGAAGCACACUGGGAUUUGGACAACACAGGCUCCUCACAGCAUCUCAGCAUGUCUGAGUGAAGCCUUUCCACAUCCGGGAGACCAUGAUCAUCUGGGACAGGGAGCAGCUGGCUGCAGCUUCCCUGCAGCAACCCAAACAGAGAUGGGGAAGCCUUUAGCUGUGGGAGUGGUCAGCGUGUCCCCAUCCCUGGCAAGGUCAGGGCUGCACAUUGAGGCAGCUGCGCCCACUCCAGAUGUGCCACUCACUUGGCUUCCGCUGUUCCCAUCCCACCAGCAGCUGCCUGCCCAUCCCCUGACUCAGUCUCCACCGCCUGCAGCCUCUUUUUUUUCCCCUAUUUUAUUUUUAUCCCAUCCGCCCAAAUGGAAACCCUGCUCUAAAGAAACAGAAGGAGAUCUUCUUCUUUAUUUUCUCUUUUAUCUGAGCGGAGGAGGGCUGGGGGGAAGGGUUUUGUCGGGCUUUUUCUUUAUGCAACACGAGUUGCUCAGGGGAGUGUCUUGCGUUAUUAAUGCUGAGUGGCUCCGGCAGCUACUGUGGUUUAAGGUCGUUAGUCACUCGCUGCGGGCGCGCCGUGCAGAGCUGCUCACAGCACCCUCCUGGUCCCACCAGGCCAGUAGGUCGGGAACAGCGGCAACAGGGAUGAGGGCCUCUAGGCAGAUAAUUCCGAACUGGUUCUGCAUCCUCUGGCUGCCACUCCUGCUGAGGGCAAUCUCCUGCUCCCCGCUGCCCGCUGCAGAGCUCCCACCGCCCGCUGCGCUCCCCUCCGGGCUGUCCCAGGGACAGACCUGCGUCGGAUGUGUGCUUGUGGUCUCUGUGAUUGAACAGCUUGCACAGUGGCACAACAGUACAGUAAAGGCAGCCAUGGAGAGACUGUGCAACUACAUACCUGAAAAACUGCAAGGUUUCUGUUACGUCCUUGCUGAAGUGUAUGGACCACACAUAGCUGAACUCAUAGACAAGGAAAUGAAUGCCGAUGUGGUCUGCCAUUCCUUGAAGCUGUGCAAACAGGAUCCAGGACAACCCCUUUGUCAUCUCUACCCUCCUCCCAAGGUGGGGUUGAGUGCUGCAAUACGGAAAGCAAAAAGGAUUUUGAAGAAUUCCAAGGACCUGAAAAGCACCGUGGGGUUCCCAAAUCUAUGUGCAUUUCCUCCUCUGGCUGACCUGUGUGAGAGGAUUAAAUAUGUCCUAAGGAAUAAACUGCCUUUUGAAGAUUUUGAUGGAGAUAAAUUCAGUACUUUCCCAACACUGAGGGGCUAUCACUGGCGCGGCAGAGACUGUGAUGACAAAAACACCACCGUGUACCCUGGCAGACGUCCUGAUAACUGGGAUGUGAAAAGCGAUUCCAACUGCAAUGGCAUAUGGGGCGUGGAUCCAAAAGAUGGAAUUCCCUACGAGGAAAAAUUCUGCAAAGGUGCGGACUCCCAGGGGGUGGUGCUGCUGGGAGACUCGGCUGGAGCGCAUUUCCACAUCCCACCCGAGUGGAUGACUGUCACGCAGAUGUCCGCGAAAUCGUUUGCUAAUCUCCCGAUGGCUUUCACCGAUGAGCUUGACUGGCCCCAGUUCUCAGAGAUCACUGGGUUCCUAAACUCCACCAUUGGAGGCUGGACAGACUCUCUGUAUCUACGUUUACGCAGGAGAAAUCGCUGCAAUCACCGAGACCUACAGAACAUUUCCCAGAAUGGUGGUUCUUCACGAAAUCUCCUCAGUUUAAUAAAAAGCUUGGCCAGAAACCAACUGUUGGACAAUCCAGCCAUAGUUAUCUACGCUACGAUUGGGAAUGAUGUCUGCAAUGGGAACCAGGACACGCUGGCUCACAUGACCACCCCCAAAGAAAUGUUCUCCAACGUCAUGCAAGCUCUGCAAUACCUGGACUCCCAGCUUCCAAACAGCAGCCACGUGAUUCUGACAGGCUUGGUGGAUGGACGCUUUCUCUGGGAUAACCUACACAGCAGAUAUCAUCCUCUGGGGCAGCUGAACAGAGACGUCACCUACAGCCAGCUGUACACUUUCCUCAACUGCCUUCAGGUGAGCCCCUGCAGCGGCUGGCUGACUGCCAAUGAGACCCUCAGGAACCUGACCUCAGAGAGAGCCUUACAACUUUCCAAUGUCCUGAAAGAAAUCACCAGAACUCAGAAGUUUGCCAACUUUGAUGUUUUCUACAUGGAUUUCCCACUGAAACAAACAGCCGAAGAGUGGCACAGGAUGGGCGGUGAGUCCUGGCAGCUGAUUGAGCCAGUGGAUGGCUUCCACCCCAGCCAGAUUGCUGCAGCCCUGGGAACAAGCGUUACCUGGCAGAAGGCACUACACGAAUGGCCUCAAGUGCUUGGAAAGGAGAAUCCAUUCAAUGAUCAGAUUGAAGCUAUAUUCAAAGAUCAAGGUGGACAUUGAUUCCCACUUUGACAAAGCCAUGUCUUAUGGUGAUGCUUCCGAGUACAUUCCAGGAAACAGAAUUAUUAGAGACCAAAAAACAGAAAGAAAGAAAAAAGAGGAAGCAAGUUAUCAGAGCUAAACUUUUCUGUUCUUCAAAAUAGCAGUACAGAGAGCCAACAGUGCUGAAGUUAGCAUGACUGCAUUCUUUUCAACAUUGCAUCUCAAGCUCCAAAGUCAUCCACCUGCACAAGUAGGCAAGUUUUUCCGUGGAGCUUCAAAAAUAAAAAUCAAAGGAUACCUGCCAGCUAGACCACUUAUUGUGCCGGUUUGCAAAUCCAGAAGAUUUUUUUCAACAUAGAGCAAACCUCAUUGUUUUCCUUACGGAACAUCAUUUCUGGACUUCCCAUUUGUACUGUUUUAACAGCUAAUCUGAUCCCAAAAGGACAGGGGGGCACCUCUCAUUUUGAGACUGUAUGUGUAUUUGCCCUGACUAUUAUUAGUACAUUAUUUAGCUGCUGUUUGCUUAUUAAAGUGUGCCAGGAGUAACAAGGCACUAGGAAUUAGAUUUGCCUGGCAGCAUCAGGUCAGCCUGAGCACAUGUUCUCUUCCCCACCAUUAGCAAGCUGGUAACCUUACAAUCUUUAAUGUAUUUAAAACAGAUUACUUUUUAAAGCUCUAACAUCUUCACUCUUCUGCUUCAUAACAAACACAAGAUGCUCUCUCCUGCUUGUUAUGUAGGCAUGCCCUCAGGAACCACCGAAGGUAACAGGCAGCUCUUACUUGCUCUACUUCAUAAGUAGGAUUGAAGACUGAGAAAUAAAAGUGGUCUUAACACCAGCUAAUCCAAUAUUACUGGAAAAUUAAAAAAAAAACAAGAAAGAGCUCACUACCACAACAAUAAAAUAUCCAAUCAAGAUUAGAGACAGCUCUGCUAGCAGCCCUACUGGUUGCAUCAAGUUGUACUGAUUACACAGGGAAAAUCAUGGUAAAUAGAAGGUGCUAGCAUGGCAUGACUGAACCCAUCAGUUAGCCAAAGUUUGGGUGUACUUGGUCUGCUUUUUGUUCUGGCAGUGUCCUCUGCAUAAGGCUGUGUCAGCUGUGACCCAGCCCUGAGUCUGCUUGACAAACUGAAUGAGGUGGCCUGGCUGUGCACGGACCUGAGCACUCUGGCUGUGUCUGCACGAGAUGCAUCUGCUCAGCAGUUUGAAUAGGCAUACAAGGACUUGAAAAUGUUAUAGAUCUUCUGUUUGUUUGUUUGUUUUUUUAGUCAGUGCAACACCAUUUAUUAUGGGACUUAUAGGACAACUGUUAACAUUUAUAAAAAUAUUCUAGUUACCUGUUUUAGGAAAUCAGGAGGAAAUAAAUUCCUUAAUUGAAUUAUACUUACUAAUAAUGUUCCCAUUCAUUCAAGGCAUUUAGGUGUUAUCAAAAUAUCCACCAUCUCCCAAGAAAUAGUUUGAACCCAUCCUUCCUCACACAUGCCUCUGCUAUCAAGCGUUAGAGAUGGGAAAAGGAAACCUGCCUGCAAUACAAAAGCUCUCUGCCAAAGAGAAUAGUGUUCAAUGUAUGUAUGCCAAGCCAGCCUCCCUAUCUUUCAUUAAAAGCACCACCAGGACAGAAAUCAAGUGCAUCCACCUCUGGUUUUGCUAUAGAACAGAUACAACAGGACAAUACCUAUGGAACUGUGUCAGAUAAUCUCCUGUACACCCAUAAGGAAAUGAAGCAAUUAAAAAGGGGGAAGAGAACAGCAUGUGUUUAGAAGCCAAAUUUUCAGGCAAUCUCAUUGCAAAUCACUCUGUUUCAUUUUAGGUUAGGUUUUAAUAAUGUCAAUUAGGAGUUAUAAAAGCUAGUGAAAAUGAAGUUUCCUCAGUUAAAAAAGAUUCAUUGCCCAGAGCAAAGCGUUUUCCAUUUGUAGAAUUUCUUAUUAGUAAACAUCAUGAAAUUGUGAACCAUGGAAAAAGCCUUCUUACAAAAUUAGAACAUCCUCUCAAUCAAGAGAAACCUGAAAGCUCCAAAGGCAAAUCUCAAAGCUCUCAGAUUUGCCCUAGCAGUGUUACUGCUGUGUGCUUGAUGCAGUCCUUGAGGGACUUCAUAAAAUGGGCUCACCCUUGGCUGCAGGAGCCCUGAGCAAACCUCAUCCUCAUGCCUCAGCAGCAAACUCUGCAGUUCAGCAUUAAAAUCAGGCUAGAUGCAAAGAUCAGAUUUGUAACUAAGGCAGUAACUAUUUGCAAAUAUAGAGGAGGGUUGUUAAGCCUCUAUUUGUAUCUCUGUUAUUUAAAAAAUAUUUAAAACAGCUGAAGACCUACAACCUCAACCAAACACUGGUAACUGAACACCAUAUAUUGAAAUAGCUGAUUCUGGCAAAGCUUAAUUAAUCUAAAGCAGCAGCAAAUGAUGAAUUGUACUCUGUUCCCUUGAUUUAACUGUUUUGAUGCUUAGAUUAGUUGAUUAUGACAAACGUUACUAGUAAUUCCAUUUGUAUUUUAGAUGACAAAGCAUUAAGUUCAUGUGAGUUAUUUUUGAGAUAAAGAACUGCAUCUGUAACUACCAGGAGCUAUUUGAAUGCCCUUGGUCUGGCUUCUUCCAAAAGGCUCAACUAAAUACAAGAAAGUUCCAACCUGUAGAGCAGACAAGUCUCACCCUUCAGUGACAUUUGUCUGAAUCUUUUCAAACCCUGGAGCUGUAUUUGGGUUUCUGCUUCAGCAAAAGCAGAGAUAAAACCCUAACAACCCUGCAAGGUCUAUGCAGAAGAAAGAGCACAAUCACUUUCUAGUGUUAAGAGUAAAAAUUUAAGUAGAACGAUCGCUCUUGUAUUUCUGCUUUCAACAUUCAUCAAGGCUUCAAUACACCAGCAGCCAAAAUAACAUAGAAACUUACUCCCCCUCACACCAGCAUUUUCUUUGCUCCCUCAUGCCUACCUUGUAAUGCCCAGAAAAUAGACCACCACUUCUGAGAAAGAAAUGUCACUGCUCACCUCUAGAGGAACCAUGGAAGUCUGAUAGGAGAAGGUUCACAGCAGCAUGGUUCAAAGAGUGUAACUGGAAGACUUCUGCUAAGCUUGUGUCACAUUCUUCUGCCUGCAGGCAACCAUCACUUGCAGCUUGUGCUUGGAACUCACCAUCAAGGCCAGCUUUUCUAUCUUGCAUAAACUGUAACAGGUGACAAAUUUCCUUGUUGAGAAUAUUUUUCAGCGUAGGCAAUGAACAAAUGCUAGUUUCUAUAGUCCUUUUAACCUAAAUAAAAGUAUGCCACUUACCUCUA